AUGUCUGUUACAAUGAGAAUAAUUGUUGAGUUUUUAUUGCUUGUGAUAUUUUUAACAUGUGUUUUCUGUAAAGAAACGGACUUAAAAGUUAAAAGUAAUUUAACCGAAUUGACCGAAACAGGACGAAGACAUCAUGGAUACGGACUUUACAAAUGGUGGGGAGGAAUACCUGGCCUGUAUGCGCUAGGCGUUUUAUAUUGGUUGAAAGUUAAAGCAGUGAUUGUAGCAUUUAUUGUUGGAACAGCAAUUGUUUGGGGAUUUAAAUGGUACAAGGGUGGACAUUGUGGACAUGAUAUUAUACAUGAAUCACCAAUAAUAAGCUAUGACCAUGGCCCAGCAUGGUCAAGUGGCCCACAUGACCACAUUCCCUACUCAUUAGGCCAUAAUCCAUUCGAACAUGACCAUGGACAUAGCCUUCAUGAACAUGAACAUUUUACUUCGUCAGAUAUUGUAAGCGAUAGUUUACCGGAUAAUGGACCGUAUAGUUCUUAUGCUGGAGCUUAUUCAGAUGUCCCACCAACUGCACCAACAUCUGAUGGAACAGUUCAUGCCAGACAUAAGAGACAACUCGACACUGAGCAGCAAGUGAGUGAUAUUGUUUUUGCAUUUUUGGGAAUCACCAACGAUGGCUGCCGACGACGAUUCAUUUGUGAAAUGGAAUUCCGAUCCAAAGCAAACCCAUUCACUAGAAUCGCAUUUGGCAUUGUUGGACGAGGAUUAUUUUCAAAAUAUGUGAACAGAAGAAAUGUUAACGGAAGAGCUGGCUCUUUCCGGCAAUGUGCUGACGUCAAUCCUGAUUGUGUCCUGAUGGAAGAAAAUAUACAUGAUGAUGAAGAAAAUGAGGUAUCAAAUCAAGAAGGAGAAUAUGAAAGUCGAAGUUUAAAGUCUUCAUCCAUCAGUGAUAUUGAAAAAGAGAAUUCAACCAAUUUGAAAGCAGAAAAAGAAUCAUUUAAACAAAAUUUAAAAACUGAUCCUAUUGUGCAAGGGAUUUUCUCUCGAAUGCAACCAACUUACUAACUUAUCUUAACAAAAACCAAAUAUGAUUUUAAUUUAGCAAAAAAAAAAAAAAAUUGUGUACGAUGACGCCUUUAAGUGGUUAUCAUUAACAACUUUCGUUUUUCAAUAUCACAACAUUGAGAAUGGUGCAAAUGUACUUUCACUCUUUUUUGUAUAUUGACAAAUGUAAGAUAAUUUAUAAAUCACGAUUAGA